UUGUGGGACGUAUAAUGGGAGUAUAGUAAAGCACGUAUUGAAUUGUUAAGUUAUUUAAUACAAUCAGAAAGCAUGACAAAUUGACUGGAUAAAAUACAUGUAGUUGAAGAAUUACGGCUUAUUUGGUGAAGAUAUUAUAACAAAGUAAAGACAUUGUAGGAUAAGACUGAGCUGACACGAUGGCUGAAGUAGACGGUCGUUCAACUAUGACUGACAUUGACAUUGUGUGUACCCCUUGUUUUGAGGGUGAUAUUCGAGAACAAGCUGUAAAAUAUUGUCCUGAAUGUGAGGAGUUUUUGUGUACAGGAUGCACUCAACACCAUGGAAGACAGAGAAUGAGCCGUUCCCAUAAGCUAUUAGACAAGAACGAGGCAAAACAGGGGUCACAUUUUGCCGUGACAGCAAAAUGUUUAUAUCACUCAGAUCGUGACAUAGAGAUGUACUGUGAGGAACAUGACAUGGUUUAUUGUUUAAAGUGUAUUGCUAGUGACCACAGGUCCUGUAAGGGAGUGACAGGUUUAGACGUGUUAUCAGUGUCUACUGAUCAGAAAAAAGAAACAGAACGUUUAAAGGCUGACAUUAUAAACAUCCAAGACCGUUUAGAAAAUACUGAUAAGAAAACGACAACAAACCUGAAAAGCAUAGAGGAACAAAGAAAUGACGUCAUUUCGCAAAUAAAAGGCCUUGGGCGCGGUUUGGUAGAACAUAUCAAGAGGUUGGAGCGUGAAGCUUUGGAAGGCCUUGAUGCGGAAUAUUCUUUGGUCAAAGGAGAACUGGAGACAAAUAUGGCUAAGUUAAGUAAAGCUAAAGAAGAGGUUGAGCAGGUAAGAAGCAAGCUACAGGACUUGGACAGUCUGGAUAAAAUACAACAAUUUGUUCAGACAAAACUGACACAACAAACUUUAAACGAUGCAGUAAAAAUAUUUGAACAAAAUGAAGCUAAGGGCAGUCAAUCAUUGCACUUGAAGGAAAAUACAGAAUUAAAGUCUUCAGUCAGUUCAUCAACAUUUUUAGGGUCUGUACAAAAGAUAACAGAAAGCAAAAAUCUGCCGACAUCAAGGACAUAUAAAGUACGUUCACAGAAGGAGGAAAAUAUCCAUAUGAAAAACGACAAGACCCAGCCCUACAUUUGUGAUAUAUGUCAGCUUCCAGACGGUACAAUCAUACUGGCUGACUGUAAUAAUUUGAGGAUAAAGAGGCUUGAUGUGAAUUAUAACAUUAAAGAUUGUUUGGAUCUAGAAUUAAAUCCUACAGGUAUCUGUUGUACUGGUAAUACUGAGGUCGCUGUAAAACUUUACAACAACAAAGUUUGUUUUAUAUCAGUAGGAUGCGCAUUAUCUAAGGUGAGAGAUAUACCUGUUACACGUGGACAUUCCUGGGGAAUGACAUAUUGCGCUGGAGAGUUAUGGGUAUCUGAUAGAAAUGGUGUAAAUGUAUACAGUAUGGCUGGUAAAUGUUUAAAAUCUAUCAGUAAUGAUGUCAAUGGUAAACGCAUUAUUACAUCAUCUCCACAACAAAAGACUGUCAGUGGAGAUAAUGUGUUUAUAGCAGACAACAGUGAUGGUGCUGUCUGUUUGACAAGAGAUGCAACGGUGAAAAGAGAACUGAGAGAUAAAAGGCUUACUGGCACACUUGGUGUAUGUGUAUCCAAUGAUGGGACUGUGUUUAUUUCUGGGUAUAGCUCAAACAACAUCAUGAUGUUUGAUAGCGAAGGAAAAUGCCUAGGAGAAUUAGUUUCUAAAGAUUCCGGUCUACUAAAUCCAUUAUCCUUAUUGUUUGAUAACAAUAGAAACUGUUUAGUGGUUGCAUGCUUUACUGGCAAAAUUAUAGUUUAUUAUGUCUGACUGUUUAAAAAAUAGCAUGUGCUUUCUUGUGAUGUUGCAUACAGAUUUUAAAUGGUGUAUGUGGAAAGAAAGAGCUACGGUUAUAUGAUGAAACAUAUCAUAUUCAAUAGUCAUUUACUUUAACAUUUUAAUGUAUGAUAAUAACUUAAUACUUAAUGUGUGAAAUAACCACAAUGUAUUAUUCAAUCAAAUUCAUAUGUGCAUUUGUUGUCCAUUAUAUGUUAUUUAUGUAUAUGUUAUAAAGACACGGACAGUGUGUUUCUGUACAUACAUGCAUAUACUAUAUAAAGGCAUGGUAGAUUGACAAUGUGUCCACAUGUUGAUUUGUUGCAUAAAUGUAUUUAUCUCUUUGUGUCAAUAUUUAAAUUUAUUUGCUGAGUGAACAGUAGCAUGUUUACAUUGUAAGGAAGUCAUGUAUAAAACGGUGUUAGUUCUUUCCCGUUUUAUUUUAUUAAAAUAAUUACUUUAAAAUAUCUCUCCUCAGAAAUUGUAUGGUCGUUUUCCAUUUUUACUUUAAAGCUUAAUGCGAAAUAUAUUCAUCUAUCAAUAAGCCAUGAAUGUUGUUUUUUUAUUGUAGCGAAACCAAUUUAUGAAUAAUUACCUUUAAACUAUGAUCGUGAUGUCAUAAUUUCCGAAAUACCUUUUCCCAAUGGAGCUAUCAAAUAAAAUAAUUGCUUUCUCUAGUGUUAUACACAUGAAACGGCAAUUUUCUGACUUCUUAUUGAGGAACAAAGACAAUAGAUACAUUUGACAAAGUGGGCUUGGGAAGGUUUCAUCAUUUAUAUGCUGUCUUUGCUGUUGUAUGGUAGCAUUCCGUUAACGUGUUUUAUUUACUUAUGUCAAAAUUACAAUUCUCUAUACUUUAUAUAAAAUGUACAAAUCGACAAGUCCAUUUUUUGUGUAAAAAAUACACUUAUUUCUUUCAUGUAUCGUUACAACAAUUUUCACACUUACUAUGCUUCUUAAAACACACCGCAUAAAACUGCGGAUCCAUCUCCUAAUGUGGCACUGUAAAAAAGUUCAUGUAUUAAAAUUAAAAAAAAUUAAA